AUGUCUGAGGAGUCAAAGGCUUCCGCAGAGCCUGACCCCCUGAACAAUGCCCAUGCUUCACUUCGAUCCAAGCGAUUUCGAUUUAAAUCAGCCAGAGACGAAGGUUCGGGUGGCGAUGGUGAUAUGAGAAGCCACAAGCGCAGGAGGCCACACGAUUCGUCAAACAGAAGCAGAAAACGCUAUCGGUCUUCUAGGCACAGGUCAAAUACACCUCCCCGGCAUCAGUCCUCAUCCGCUUUGCCUCCAGACCAAGCAUUUCGCGAGUCUCUUUUUGAUGCUCUUGGAGACGACGAAGGCGCAGCCUUUUGGGAAGGAGUCUACGGACAGCCUGUCCACACUUAUCCUAAUACUUACGAAGAUGAAGAAACAGGCGAGCUGGAGCGCAUGACCGAUGAGGAAUAUGCGCAGUUUGUCAGGCGGAAGAUGUGGGAGAAGAGCUGGGAAGGGAUUGAAGCGGCUAAACAGGAGAACAGACGACAGCGAGAGAAAGAGAAGCAGAAGUUACGUGAAGAGGAUGCUAAGCAGCGGACGCAACGAGAGGCGCACUAUGACGACUUCUCUUUCGACACACAAAUCGAAGCGAGCCUCCGGCGGGGGCAGAAAAGAAAGGACCACAAGCGAUGGAAAGCUUUGUGGCAAGAUUAUCUGAAGAAAUGGGACGAGAUGUACUCGUUAGCACAGAAUCGUCCGAAGACAGAGGAUGAUGCUGAGCAGGUGUUCCUUCGCAACAAGAUUGCUUGGCCGGUUGAGUCGGGCAAACGCGAAGACGUGAACGGAGACGAGGUGGAGCGUUUCAUCAGGAAAGGGACGACCAGCCUCGAUCCAGACGAGUCUACCGGAGAUCUUUUCGCGAAUGUCAUCAAGGCUGAGCGCGUCCGGUGGCAUCCUGACAAGAUUCAGCAGCGGUACGGAUUUAUGACCAUUGAUGAGAGCACGCUCAAAGCUGUCACGGCGGUGUUUCAAAUCAUUGACACCAUUUGGAACAGCAUUCGAACCCAGGCAUCAUGA